AUGGCGACAUGCCAGAAGAAGUGUGGCGGGUUGAAGAUCCAAUACCCUUUCGGUAUCGGCCGCGGCUGCUACCUCGAGACCGAGGACGGCAACCGGGCCUUCGAGGUCACCUGCAACAGCAAAGGCAGAGCCACCAUCGAAGGCCGGCACGAGCUGCUCAGCAUCGACGUGCCACGUGGGCAGGUGCGCGUCGUCAGCCAAGUGAACUCGUGGUGCUACGACGCCGCCUCCAGUUCCAUGGGCGUGAAGAACGUGACGACAUACAACUCGACAGCGUUCCGCGUCUCCACCGACAACAUGUUCACCGUCAUUGGGUGCAGCACGCUCGCGUUCAUAGUGAUGGAUGACGGCGGUGACGAUGACAAUCCGUACGUGAUGGGGUGCAUAACCGGCGGGUGCCGGAAAGGCGCCCGGUCCCUGGCCGGAGGCUCCUGCACCAGCAAGGGCGGCUGCUGCCAGGUUCCUGUCCCGAGGGGCAGCAUCAGAUCCUUCGACGUGGACUUCAGCGACUUCAAUACCUCCAGCGUCGUCGCCAGCUUCAGCCCGCCGUGUGGCUACGCCAUGCUGGUCGACCAGAAGGCGUUCAAGUUCAAGAGGACCUACGUCACCACAGGCAAGCUCAUGGGUGCCGCCAGCACAAAGCUGCCGAUGGUGCUGAACUGGGCGGUGGGCAACCAGACGUGCCAGGACCUGCGGAGGAACAAGCGGACGGCGCACGCCUGCGUCAGUGUCAACAGCGAGUGUGUUGACUCCAAGUACGGCACAGGGACAGGGUAUCUCUGCACCUGCUCUAAAGGGUAUCAAGGAAACCCUUACCUUCCUGAUGGGUGCAAAGAUAUCAACGAGUGUGAGGCGAACCCACAGUGCCCUGACUAUAGUAUCUGUCGCAACACCAAUGGAAGCUUCAAAUGCUACGAACUCAAAUGGCCACUGGUAAUAGGUAUCAGUAUUGCCGUGGUCCUGCUCGGAACUACUGGCAUGUCUUUCGCAUACACGAUUCGGGCGAAGAAGCGGCUCGCCGCCAUCAAGAGGCUGCACUUCAAGCAGCACGGCGGCUACCUCCUCUUCGAGGAGAUGAAAUCACGACAGGGGCAGGGACACUCCUUCACGCUGUUCACCAAGGAGGAGCUAGAGGACGCAACCAACAAGUUCGAUGAGCGCUACGUGCUUGGCAGGGGCGGAAAUGGCACCGUGUACCGGGGCAACCUCAAGGACGGGAGGGUUGUGGCGAUCAAGCGGUGCAGGGUCGCCGAUGAUGAGCGGCAGCGGCGAGAGUUCAGCAAGGAGAUGCUCAUCCUUUCACAGGUGAACCACCGGAACAUCGUCAAGCUCUACGGGUGCUGCCUCGAGGUGGAGGUGCCCAUGCUUGUCUACCAGUUCAUUCCCAAUGGCACCCUGUACGAGCUCAUCCACCGCGAUGGCGAUGGCACGCCACCAUCAUUCCCGGUGCGGUUGAAGAUCGCGCACGAGGCCGCCGAGGGACUGGCCUACCUGCACUCCAUGGCAUCGCCACCGAUCAUCCAUGGCGAUGUGAAGUCCCCCAACAUUCUUCUAGAUGACAACUACACGGUGAAGGUGUCGGACUUCGGUGGAUCAGUGCUGGCGGCUACCGACAAUUCACAUCUCGUGACCUUGGUUCAAGGCACCCGUGGGUACCUUGAUCCGGAGUACAUGCAAACAUGUAGGCUGACUGACAAGAGCGAUGUGUACAGCUUCGGCGUCGUGCUCCUCGAGCUACUCACACGAAGGAAGGCGCUAACCAUGGCCGCGCCAGCGGAGGAGCGGAGCCUUGCCGCACAUUUCCUGUCCUCCAUGAGGGACGGCAAGCUUGACGGGCUCCUGGACACAUGGAUCAAGGAUGAAGUCAGGGGUGAUGUGAUCGAGAUGGUAGCGACACUGGCGAAGCGGUGCCUGGAGAUGUCCGGCGAGAAGAGGCCCUCCAUGCUCGAGGUUGCGGAAGAGCUUGACAGGAUUAGGAAGCUGUGCUUGGUAGGUGACGACAUCACUAUUCUUGUAAGUGAUAACUGA